AAGAAAGUGAGGGGGUAAUUUUAUACGACACCUUGUUUGUGGAUCCAUUGUUCAUCCCACAUGUAAUAUACUAGACCUUGUUGAUAAACAACACACGCCUCUCGCGGGAGAGGAUCGUUUAUUAUCUUCAGAUAGCAGGCAAUCUCGAUAAGUAAGAGCGAUAUGGAACGGACCUUCUUGUUUAGAAUUUUUAUUUUUGGAAUAACAUUCCUUCUUGCAGAUAGUGUACAAAGGUUGAAUGAUGCAGGCCUACAUCAUAGAGCUAAGCGGGCACUAUCACCUAGCCGGAAAACCGAGAUUAAAAACAUGUCACCAAACGACCGACCAUCAUGCCCCCCGGGACAAACCACCCCUCCCACUCGAGUAAACACCACAAAGAGACUAGAAGACCUGAGGGGUGAGAUGUUAACGGCAGGAGUUGAAGCCUAUAUAAUCCCUUCUGAGGAUGCCCAUCAGAGCGAGUAUCCUUCAGACUACGACUUAAGAAGAGAAUUUAUCUCAGGCUUGUCGGGAUCAGCUGGACUAGCCGUCGUGACUAAGACACAAGCGGCCCUGUGGACGGACGGUCGGUACUUUUUACAGGCGGAGGCUGAACUGGAUUGUAACUGGAUAUUAAUGAAAAGUGGCGAGUCUGGUGUGCCUUCUUCCACUGAAUGGCUGAUAUCAGUUUUAGAAGCAAAUGCCAAAGUUGGAGCCUAUCCUUUUCUUAUUAACAGUGGUAGUUAUGAGAGGUAUGAAAAAGCCUUGUCCCCAAAAAACAUAACCAUGACGACCACAACAGAAGACUUAGUGGGUAAAAUCUGGACCACAGGUCGUCCCGAGGAACCAGAUUCACCAAUCAACGCUCUCCCCGUAAAAUUCGCAGGUCGAAGUUGGCAGGAUAAGUUGGCAGAUAUGCACGAGGCGAUGACGGAAAAAGAUGUAGACGCCAUGGUUGUCACAGGACUGGAUGAGACAGCAUGGUUGCUGAAUUUACGAGGUGCCGACAUUGCAUACAACCCCUUUUUCCUCUCUUACAUAAUUGUGGAUAAAAAAAUGAAUGAAACAACAUUAUACAUAAGAAAUCAUGCUGCAAAAUUAACUCAGAAUACGACGGAUGAGCAAAGCAAAGAUAAACUUUACGAGCAUCUGAACACAGGAAUGAAUGGGGACUGUUCUGGUAAAGCAGGGUACUGUGUAAAGGUAUUUGAGUAUAAUGCAACAGCAGUAGAGACUAAGGUGCAGACUGUAGCUGCUAAUAGUGGCAUCGUGCUGGUGUCCUUUUCUUGUAAUUAUGCCUUGUAUUCCAAAAUACCAGAGGCCAAGCGCUUGCAGGAAAACACUCCGGCAGCUGUUCAAAAGUCACAGAAGAAUGAAAUUGAAAGACAGGGGAUGAGGAAUUCUCAUAAGCGGGAUGCAGAGGCACUUAUUACUUUUAUGACUAAACUGGAGAAAGAGGUGAAAGAGGGAAAACGAUGGACAGAAGUGUCGGCAGCACAAGAUCUCAAAACGCAUCGGGAGAAGAAGCUAUAUAACCGAGGUCUCAGUUUCCCUUCCAUAUCCGCUGUCGGUUCUAAUGGGGCAGUCAUCCACUAUUCUCCCAGUAACCUCACCGAUCGAGAAAUCACCACAUCUGAGAUGUACCUCCUAGAUUCGGGUGGACAAUAUUUAGAUGGAACAACAGAUGUUACAAGAACUUUUCAUUUUGGAACACCAACAGAUUUUGAAAAGGAAUGUUACACUCGAGUGUUGAUGGGACAAGUUGAUCUGGCAAGGUUUAAGUUUGCCAAAACAGACUACGGUCCUUAUGGUCGUGAAAUUGAUGCUAUUGCUCGUCGUCCUUUAUGGGAGGUUGGUCUUCAAUACAGACAUGGCACUGGUCACGGAAUAGGGAUGUUCUUAAGUGUACAUGAAGGUCCAGGGCGGAUUUCAUUGUCUCAUGCGCCUUUUGAGAGUGACUCACCACUGGCAGACGGGAAUUUCUUUUCUGAUGAACCAGGUUAUUAUGAGGACGAAAAGUUUGGUAUUAGAUUAGAAAAUAUUUUUAUGGUGAAGGAAGUCGAUACAAAGUAUAAAUUUCCUAAUACCACUUUUCUUGGAUUUGAAACCGUUACAAUGGUGCCUUAUGAACCUAAUCUGAUUAAAUAUGACAUGCUAUCACAAAGCCAGGUGGACUGGAUUAAUGACUAUCAUAAAAAAGUAUUGGAGUUGAUAGGACCGGAACUGCGUGUCAACAAUCCGGAAGCCUAUAACUGGCUGGAAUCUAGAACAAGGACCAUAACUCGUACAUCCAGUUCAACUACUUUAAUUUUUCCAUCCGUCCUUUUGAUAACACUAGGGAUAUUUUCAAACUUUUUCUAAGUAACAUAAGUAUGUGGGACAGAAGUAUGUAAAGUAUAGUAUUGUGUAUAUAGAUAAAUGUUUAAUUGUUUGAGUUCUUUAUUUUAAUUACUCAGUAUCCCAAAAUAUUCUGUAGAUAAUAUUUUUAUGAACUUUUCCCUACGAUGCACCUUAUAAGGUACAAGCAUAAAAUCUUUGUUUCGACUUUAUUUAAUUUAGGUCUGUGUUUCGACCAUUUCAAUAUUUUUUAUUUUUACUGUAAAGUAUGUUUAUGUGUUUACGUGUAAGUGUUUAAAAAGCCUUGAUUGGCAUAUACUGCCGCAUUCAUAUGUAUUAAAUAAUAAUUAGUUCUCAUGUAUUUUUGUAAUAAAUAAUGUUGUAAAAUACAAAGUAGUUGUAUGAGGUAACUUUGAAAGUGUGAGCAUGAUUAAAUGAAUUUCUGCUUUUCACACUGGUAUAUUUUAUUCAUAGAAUAUUGUAAAUAUAUUAUAAAUGUAAAAGACUCAUUAUUAAUCGUUUCAUAUAAUCAACUGAAUGUAUACUUAUGUAUAUAAAUAAAAAUCUAUUGCCAUUUGCAGUUAAAUUUCUUUU